CUUGGGCUCACAAACAUUUUUAAUCAAAUCGUCGAAAAUUUAAAUUAGCACUGGACGAAAGAGAUGGAGGCGAAGACAGAGAGACACUUUCUGGUUUCGAAUUUUGGGACCGCCGGUGGUGAAGUUUCGAGUGCGACGGAGAAUAAGCGAGACCUGUUCGGCGAUUCGGCAUCUGGGGAAUGUACUGAGAGAGAGAAGUUUCUGGGAGGAGCUCAAAAGAAUGACAAGGAAAGGAGGGAGCAAGAAUGCAGGACAAACCAUCAAGCUCCACUUUUUCUAUGCUGGUUGCUCAACUUGGGACUGUUAUCACCAUUCAAAGCCCAUUCCAGGAUAUCUAGGUUUAAUCAAUGGUGGGAUUUUCCUCUAUACCAAUAUAUACUGUGGCUUGCUAUGCAAUAGCAAACAAGAAAUCGAAGUAGGAUAAGGUACAUGAAGAAAUCAUCUCCCAGCUAGUACUCAAGAUUUUCUAUCUUCGUUAUGGUCUAAUGCAGCUAUUCAAUCAGAUGUCAUUGCUUCUGCAUGAAAGAGGCAGGACAUGAGCAAAUCAAAACCUUUUUACUCAAUCGACCACAGCCAUGACACGGCACCGUUUUUGGUUCUUGUAGCAGUCAACAGGUGAAAGAGACCAGAGAGGUAUGUCUGUUAACAAAAGCAUUGUGAAUUUUUUUUGUAUUGUUUAUGUCUUAAAUCCAAAUAUGUGACCCCAUUUUGGUCCAUCUUGGGUCGCACGUGGGUGUCCCAGUUAGCUACUCUUUUUACAUCUGCACUGUUUUGGACCCAUGUCUUGGCUCCAUGUUAUUUAUUACUUUUAUUUUUUUGCGCCAAUGUCAUUAUUAUUCAACCCAAGAUAAUUUUUUUAAUAAAAUAAAAAGUUCAAAGUGAAAAAUGAAGAAAGUAAAGCAAAAGAGAUGUUAAGCUAUUGAUUCAUUUUUCUUUUACAAAAACACGUCAUUUUCACACAAUCAUAACGUUUUCUUUUACCUUUUUACUUAGGUUUGCUUUCAUUAUGGUCUAGUCUUCA